CGCCAUCAUCCAUCCACCUCGACUCCCCCACCAUCUCUCCCUCCUGAUCAUCAUCAACGUGACGCGGCGCGCUGCUGCCGACAUACCUGGGCCCCGUGACGCAGCCCCUUCUCACCGUCCGUACCGUUUCCUUGAGCCCUGCUGGCCCUUUCAAACAACCUGCGCCCACAAUCCUUGAUCCUCGACGACCUCGGUCGGAAGCCCGGCGCAUCGCGAGUGCUGCCUCCCCGUCCGCGAGACUCAUUCGGCCCGAGUCGCAAGUAACCAACUGCGGCAUCGCCCCGAGUUCUUGAGCAUCGCCGUCUACGUCUCCCCACCCUCGCAUCCUCUCCCUCCGACGAAUACGUAGAGACCUUUCCACGCCGACCUCGCUGUCUCGGUAACCGCUGCCGCCAUGCCGUCCGCCGAGGACCAGGCCCGCGCCUCUCGUCCCACGUCGCCCACACCGUCGCAGCUCCCCCCCGUCCCGAGCUCCCCCGUCUACUCGCUCGCCUCGACCGCGAACCCCAUGUCACAGUUCAACCUGCCCCUCCCGCCGGCGCCGCGCCCGUCCCACGCGGUCCUCACAAAGGCCGACCUCGAGCACUCGCAAGACGCCUACGCUGACCUGCUCGGCUCCGCAAAGGCCUACCGCGUCGCCCUCGCAUCCCUGUCCAACGCCGCGUCCGCCUUUGGCUCCGCCCUUGAGGCGUGCGCCCGCCUGAAGGAGGCCCGCGCUGAGCCCAUAGGGCCCUCGGGCGCUGGCACCGCCAGCAUGUCCGCGAGCUUCACCACCCCGCGUGGCGCAUGCACCGCCGACACCCUGCUCUCCGCCUCGGGCGUGCACCACCUCAUCGCCAACCACCAACAGAUCCUAUCCGAGACGGUAUACCGCGCCUUCGAGGUCCCCCUCCUGCACGACCUCGACAAGUGGCAGUCCGUCAUCGAUGACGAGGAGGAGACGUACCAGCAAAAGAUCAAGGCGCAGAGCAGGGAGGUCAAGCGCCUGGAGAAGGAGGGGCUCAAGCUACACAAGCAGCGGAGGAGGGAUGUCGGCAGGUUCCGCGCCCACCUUGUCGAGCUCACGGGCAAGCUGGACGGCCUGACCACGCUGCAUGCUGAUCACGCACGUACGCUGCUCAGAGAAAGCCAGGAGACGAGCGGGCGCAUCGUCGAAGCCAGCUGCAGCCUCGUCAGGGCCGAAGUGGACAUCUUCGAGGGGCUGGCGCGAAAGGGUUGGAGCGGCGGGGGGCUCGAUGACUUGCUCGAAAAGGGCCAAGACUUGUUCGCCGUUGAGGAUGUCGGUGGCCACGGCGGCGGAGCGGUCCCAGGCGAGUCAACAAAGCUCUUUUCCAUCUUGCCGCCCAAAAGCAUCCUCGCCGACACGGCCUCCGACUCUCGCACUGGUCCUGGCCACGGCCGCGCCGACAGUCUCCUCACCAUGGACGGCGACAGAUACCAAUCCCUCACCGGCGUCGCCGCCGACCCCAGACACCCUCCCACCGCCGGCGCCGGCGACGCGGACAGCGUCUUCUCGUCCGACUUCAACAAGCCGCGCGGCGCGCGACCCUUUUCGCCGCAGCCAAUACGGCGGAUCCCCGCCGACGUGACGUUUGACUCGCUGGGCGCGGCGGCGCUGGGCCACCUCGGCGAGCUCGAGGAGCCCGAAGAGGAGGCGGCGGCGAAGAAGAAGCCUCGGGAAGCAGAUCCGGACAGCGAGACGCCAACGCAAACACAGACGGGGACGGAGACGGAGACGCAGGGCGAGGAGCGAGGAGGCGUGGACGGGCACGCGGAAGCGGACGACGAUAAUGAUGAUGAUGAUGAGCAUCGCGGCAGGACAGAGUCGCGGUCGCCCAUGACCACCCCGUCGGCGCACUCAUCGCCGUUUGGGCGAGCGGCGUCGCUAGACGGGCGCGAGUAGAACUUGGACAAUCAUGUCGUCCGGCGCUUCACCCUGGCUUGGCGGUACUGAACGAUGAUUCCUGCCGAGUGCGGCGGCUCCGCGAACGGGCGCGGCUG